UACCACCGAGUGAUUUGGAGAUAGAGGAAGCAUGCAAGAGGUUGAAGAAUAACAAAGCGGCGGGGAUCGACUUGAUAACUGGGGAAAUAGUUAAACAGUCUAGCACAGUUAGAUCGGAAUUGUCGGUCCUGAUUAGAGGAUUCUGGAAUGGGGAAGAAAUAGACGAGGAGUGUAAAACUGCGAUCCUUGUACCUCUAUUUAAGAAUAAAGGAAGUAGGUCGGAUCCUAAGGCGUAUAGGGGCAUUUCCUUACUGCCCAUAAUUGAACGUAUCGUCUCAUUAAUAAUGCUGAACAGGAUUCAAACACCUUUAGAGUGUCAUCUACUCCCUCAGCAGUAUGGUUUCAUAGGCGGGAAAAGCUGUCGGGACCCGGUUCGAACGGUGUUUAGACGCAUACAGAACAAAGGAGGGUAUGUGUCCAUGUUUGUAGACUUUCAGAGAGCUUUUGAUACAUUGAGGUGGGACAGUGUGUUCGAAAUACUACGUUGGGCCG